CCAGACAACGCCCUAUCCUUGCAAACACCUCCUCAGAAAAACGGCAGUCAACAUCAUGGCUCCUUCUCGUUGUGAAACAGAACAGCUAUCCGGAGCUAUAAGUAGCAGAGAACAUGUCUCCAGAGCCGGGGAGUGUCCUUCCUUGAUCCUGGCAUUACUCAAGUCCCAUGCCCGAGGCAAUAACCAGUUACUCACCCCUUAACAAUGCGUCGUUCGGACAGUGACCAUCGGCAACCUUACGAUGAUAUACAACCAUCGACCCAUCCAAGCAUACCAUACAAUCACCCUCGUGACCCAUAUAUCUCCGGCUAUGUUUCUUCAGACUACCAACAUCUCACUCAUUCUGACUUCUCAACCCCCGCGGUUACUCUGCAAUCGCAAACAAACAACUACACGGUUUUAACAACCAGCUCUGCGCCAGUACAACACACCCCGUUCGGAUCUCAUGGCGUAUAUGCGGAUCACUAUAUACCACACUCUCUCCGCUCAAGCAGCUUCUCGGAUAAAACUAGCUCCGUAGGGCUGACACUGUCCACCUCAGCACUCGCUGUCUCCGGCUCGAUACCGAUUGCACCUCAAUCAGCUUAUCUACUGAGCUCUCCCGCCUCCCCUGUUACAGCUUAUUCAACAGAUACCAGUUCGUUCCUUUCCGAUACAUGGCCGACUUACAAUCAAAUACACGCUGCAUGGCCCCCUUACGUGGCCGACGAAUUGCAGUACGAAAGCCCAACCACCACGGGACUACCUUUGCAGUCGCAACACGACAUCUUGAAGCCUGUGUUAGGUGGAGAUUACAAUGAGGAAGACAAAUACAUCGAUCAGGAGAUAACGGCUACCUAUGCAAACGCAUAUCAGCGAAGCCAGGUAGCAUCAACAGGGGUGUCAGGAGCUGCCAUGAAAAAGGAGAAGCUGAGAAAGAGACGACAUCGACUGGCACAGACAGAUGACGGGCAAGUGGUUAGCAGCAAGUUUGCAGACGCAGAGUCAGCACAUAGCCCAUCGUCAACCACCAUGGAACUCUCAGCUGCUGCUAAUCGAAGCUUGACGGCUAACCGCCCGUCCUCGCUAUUAUGGGUGCAGGAAGAUGUCGCUGGAAGUUUGAUGAACCCAAAGGGCAAAGAAAAGGGGCGAAAGGAAGACAACAAGAGCAACAAGAAAAGGAAGCAGCAACAACAACCAGUUCAACAAUCACACAAGGGGGUCGACUCGAAAAAAGUGGUGAGUAGAAGAGCUUCAUAUGCGGAGCAAGCAUGGGAAGCCGGGACCUAUGACGGCGACAAGGACAUGGUGAUGGACUAUACCACCACGCUCGACAACAACAGCAACAGGAGCCAUUCCGUCACUGGACAUGACUUGGACCUCGACACAGCACAUACAGCGAGUCCCCGGCAGGAAAUCGCCCGUGUCAAACACAACAAGGUAGAACAAAAGUACCGCAAUCGACUGAACGCCCACUUCGAAGCGCUUCUGGACGUCCUUCCUCCCUCGACGGCCCUUCCCAGUGAACAAGGGUUCGAAGCCAACAACACAAAGCAGCCCCAGCCACUGAGAGAAAGUGUUGACAUGGUUGAUCCAGGGAUUCCGGAAAAGGAACGCAGAGUCAGCAAGUCGGAAGUCCUUGACCGCGCAAGGUUGUACAUCCAGACGUUGGAGAACGAGCAUAAGCGACUAUCGGCGGAGAGGAAGCAGUUGAGGAAGAUGUGGGAUGAGUAUGGGAAUGCGAAAUAGGGAAGGCCAGUGAUGGUGGACUCGGCGAGGUGAGGGGUUAGCCAUAGGGGGUAUCUAGGCAGGGAGUGAGUCGGGAAGUGGUGAAAAGACAGUUGAAAAGAAGAGUAAGGAAAAAA